AUGGUUGCUCACGAUGAAGAAGCUGAUGCUUUGCUUGAGGAGUUUGAACUGCGAGAGGAGGUCAAGGUCCGAGAUGAUCGAACCCCGCCUUCAGUAUGUCGCACGUGCGGUUGGAGAUGGACAACAGCUCUUAUCUUGGUCACACUAUUAUCGGCCAUUGGGGUCAUAGUGACAUUGCAUGGUCCGUCAAGUAACCAGUCGAGCGAUGACACUACCGACCAUCUUGGGUACCAACUCCAUCCCAAAGAUCAUGUAUCGCGUCCCCCAACAACACUCUCUUUCAACUGGACUAUUGCAACUGGGACCAGAUCACCAGAUGGGGUCGAAAAACAAGUGUAUCUUGUCAACGAUGAGUUUCCAGGACCCCUCAUCGAAGCUCGCUCUGGUGACAGACUUGUGAUUCAUGUUCACAAUGGCGUCCAAGACGAGGGUGUAUCCCUUCACUGGCAUGGUCUACGCAUGAAAGACCAGAAUAACAUGGACGGCGCUGUUGGGUUUACUCAAUGUCACAUCGCUCCUGGUAGAAGUUUCACUUACAACUUCACUAUUGGCGCUGAGGAACACGGCACCUUCUGGUGGCAUAGCCAUUCUGACGUUCAACGUGCUGAUGGUCUAUGGGGAGGUCUCAUCGUGCACUCUCCAGAUGAGGUUGGCCUGCCACCAGAAGAUUACCUACUCAUGAUCGGUGAUUGGUUUCACCAAAACCAAACCGAAGUGCUAGGGUGGUAUGCAGAUGCAAGUAGUCGAGGGAACGAACCUGCCCCAGAUUCGUUGUUGGUGAAUGGUCAGGGACGCUUCAACUGCUCUAUGGCUGUUCCUGCAAGACCAGUUGUCUGCUCGCAGGUCCAUUUCACUGACCUCAAACCCCUCUUGGUAUCUAGGAGCCAGAAGAAGACCAGACUCAGAGUUGUCAACACAGGUUCCGUCGCAGGUCUUUCCAUCAGAAUUGGCGGAGCCAUGAUCCGGCCAGUUCGUGUUGAUGGAGGUUUUGGUGUUAGGGCUGAAGCUAGUGAAACAGUCGGCAUUCUGUAUCCUGGUGAGCGCGUUGACCUCGACGUUGAGUGGAAAGAGCACCACGCGGGAGACGUUUGGCUUACCGUUUAUAUGGAUGACGAGAACUUUGGUUAUCCCAACCCAGCGUUGAAUCCAAUUCAGAACUUCCCAAUAUUCAGCCUAGAUGGCAAAGCAUCAUCCAACGAACCGCCCUCUCAGACUUUAGAGUCGGCUGAUAUCCAAGUCCUCGACGCGCAGUACAUCAAAGCUGCAACAAAGGUAUUUGACCUUCCAGCAAAAGCAGAACAGACUAUUCUUCUUUACGCUAAAGUUGAGAAGCUGGCGCACAUGGACUAUGCACCAGUCGGAUUCAUCAACCAUACAUCCUGGACGCCACAAACUCCACCUCUCCUCGAUCAAAAUCGAACUUCAUGGGACGAGAACCAACUCAUCCCGUUUAUUGGAAUAUCACACAAUAAACCGAAAAGAGUUGACAUAAUCAUCAACAACCUAGAUGAUGGCGCGCAUCCAUUUCACCUUCAUGGCCAUUCGUUCUACGUUUUAUCAUCAUACAGAAAUCCAGGGCGCGGGAGCUGGGGCAGUUAUAAUCCCUACGCCGAUGAGGCGCCACCAAACGGCUUGAAUCUUGAGUUUCCGGUGCGAAAGGACACUCCAACACGCCAAGCCUCGGCUGCUCCCGAGGCCCCAGCGGCUACUGGAGCGUCUCCAGCUCCUGCGGCUGAGAGUGCUCCAGUGACUGCAACUACCGGGUCAGCAGCCUCGCCACCCGCUGCCACGUCGGGUCCUAUUCUUGACCCGCAGCAUUGGGCGCAGGUAAAUGAGGAACAAGCACAGGCUGAGGCUGAGGCUGCCGGUGAUGACAAUGCAGAUGCUGACUCAACCCUUGACUCGGAUAACGCUUCCUCUACUGCAUCUAUUACGUCCAGCAUCCUCGAAUACAGAACCAUCCAUGGUCGCACUUAUCACAGCGAGCAAGGUAAUGCUCAAUAUUGGGCCUCCAACGAUGAACAGCAAAAUGAUUUGAUGGAUCUCACCCACCAUAUUCUUACACUUGGUCUUGGAGAUAAGCUUCACCUAGCACCUCUGAAAGAAGAAAAGCUUCAACAAGCUAUCGAUAUCGGUACCGGUACAGGCAUCUGGGCCAUUGAUUUCGCCGACCAAUACCCUGGCGCUGAGAUUAUUGGAACCGACCUCUCUCCCAUCCAGCCCUCUUGGGUUCCCCCAAAUGUUCAAUUCGUAAGAGAUUGGGACGCCUUCUUCUCCGAAGCCUACAGAGUCUGCAAACCCGGUGCCUGGAUUGAAAGCCACGAAGCCUCAUGCAACGUCAGUAGCGAUGAUGGUACUGUUGCUCCUAAUUCUGCUAUGGGUCACUGGGGUGAGUUCUUCAAGGAGGGCGGUAAGAAAAUCGGUACGAGCUUCAGUGUCGUCGAGGACGGCACUCAGCGCAAGGCGAUGGAGAAGGCCGGUUUUAUCAACAUUCAAGAGUUCGACUUCAGAAAUCCUGUCGGCACUUGGCCCAAGGACCCUGUUGAGAAGCGAAUGGGUGCUUACUCCAAAUAUGGUCUUGAGACUGAUAGUGAAGGCUUUAUUCUGUUUAUGGCGCAUACUCUCGGAUGGACGAGAGAGGAGAUUCUUGUUUAUGUCGCCCAGUUCCGAAGAGAGAUUCGUUCUGGAAAGCAUCACGGAUAUUUUGCUCAAAAGGUUGUUUGGGGACAGAAGCCCGAGACCACGUCUGCUUGA